ACUGUUCUAAAGAAGAUGGAGGCCUUAGGGACAAAAGCUGAAGAGAGAAAAGCAGAGAGAAGGAAAAUUCUUAAAAGAAUGUUUGGAGAAAUGGCUUUAGUUCUAGACAACCAGGAUUCAGAAACUGUAAACUCGGUCCGCUACUCUGUUCACCAAAAUCGACUAGAAGUCAGAAAAGAAGCAGUUCAGCUGUUGUCUGAUAUUAAGGGAAGCAGUUCUGUGAAUGAAUUUGAUGACUACCUAAUGAAGUUCAAUGAAACUAUAAAUAAGAUGGCAUAUUUGAGUGAUGUACUAGAUUUGGAGAUUGCUGAUAAUACUGAGGAUUUCCGAAAUCUGUCUGAAGACUACAUUUUUGUGAAGUCCAAGAAUGUUGAUCCUAAGAGCUUCAAGAUGUAUAUAAACACUGUGCUUGAAAAUAAGAUGAAGGCCGUUAUUCUUGCACCCGCCUCAGCAAAUUUUAGAAGUCAUUUUGUGCUAUCCUCCCUUCAUAUAAGUUACUAUGCUCUACACACUGAUCGUAAAAGAGCUUUUGAGUUCCCAAUAUUCAGUGGGUAUCUUGAAUUUCUUUUGAUGACUGGUAAAGCAGAGUUGACCUCUGAUACUAAAGCUGAGAUAAAAUUGUCUCCAUCACCGACAAGGUUGGGAAUGGUGGAGGUAAAAUUUCUCGGGACAAAGAUUAAAGAUGGUGGAAAGAAGUCAUUCUCAGAGGUCUUUACUCCAACAGGAGCUGUACCAUUAACAAGCUUUCUCAUGGACGUAUCAUGGAAUCAAACCUUGUCCAAGUUGGAUGAAUCUAGGAUGGUAGAAGUAUCUUGCGUUGACUCCCGUAUUUUUGAUGAAACUACCACUGUUCCAUGUGACCUUGUGUUGACCUGUGAAAAGUGUGCAGAUGAAUCUUGUGCAAACUAUGAAUCUUAUAUGGACCAGCAAAGUAUUUUGGAGAAAAGUUACAGAGAAAAACAGCAGGCUGAUUCUUCUGCACAUGAAGAAUCAAUAUGGCGUUUUGAUGAAUCAUCAACUGGGCAUGGUGUGGAAAAUGAAGCUGAGGUUUCAUUAUGGGAAAUUGAACAAGAGGAUCCAUCCAAAUUUAG